AUGUCUAGCGGCCGACAGCUUCGUCGUCAGAUUAAGGUGCCGAACAGGUAUGGCGAAUCCGAUUUCGCAACGCCAGUGCCCGUGAAAAAUCUCCUAACAUCUAUGCACACGGCCAGGGAGCAACCCAGAUCUAGUGAUACAACAGAUCCUACUCCAGUAAAUCGACCUCGGAGAGCCAGAGCGAUUCCUCGACGAAAUUUCAUCGAGUAUGACCCGACUUUGGCACCCACAACAUACCCAAAUUCUGACUGGUCUGACCUCGAGACCCCGUUCAAUCGAAGGGUUCGUGAGUCUCAGAAGCCGACCACUGUGAACUGGGGAGCGAGUAACUGCCAAUCCAAUCCAAUCUAUGAGAACAAUAUGUCGAGAAUGUCGGCAAGCGACGCCGAUCAUGAUCUUACAGACAACCUCAGCAUUUCGGACAGUGAUGAAGAGCUGAUGGCUCGCCAGACGGUUUUCAGAGAAACGAUGGAGGAUCCAGCCUGGAGCGACGUGUCUCCCACACUCCAGUUGGAGAUCUGCGAUAACUUUUGCGCUACCAAUAACUGUCAGUGGGAGGUGAUGGGUGACAAGUUCGGUCUUAUGCAUGACGAGCGUAACAAGCUUGCUUACUAUCGGGGCUCACGCAAACGACAAGUUGCCAGGGAAGACAAACAUCUGGCUAAGAUGAGAGCGCAUCAGCUGGGGUAUUUGUUGGACUUUGAUGACGCUCGUUUGAAGAAUCAGGAAGUCCCUUAUCAACCGGUUCUUCGUCGAGUCCAAGAAAUCACACACAAGCCCAGCUUGCAAGACGCGGUCCCAAAGCUCGAGUUCUGCCGUCAUGGAGAUUUGAUGGUGGCCAGACAGUAUCUCCGGAAGCGCAAUCUGAAUCCAAGCCUGGCUGGUAAAUGGGAAAUUUUUAUGGCUGAACAAGCUCGUAAUGCUCCCUAUCUUACAUCCCAGAUCCAUGGUAUCUUUGAGUGGUUUCACCGGAUGCCAAAUUGGCAUUCGCCCCAUGAUAAUGCGCCCCACGAUGAUGGACCGAAGAAGCCAGUAUUCUUUCCUGAUUCUUCAUCUAGUGACACGUCUUCCUCCCCUGACCUGCCAUCCCUCGCAAAUGAUCUCUAUGUAUCUGCGUAUCAGCUGGAUGAGGAUCGGAGGGAGACUGUCCGAGGUAAGUUUUCGAACCCACAGGAAAGCACCCGCGAUUCUCACGGAGGGGUAUCUUUGGGCUACCGUGAUCAAUCGUUCGACGAGCUGGUGAUCAUUGGAAAAAAUACUCGGAAGCAAAAGAAAAAAAUCAAGGCAGCAAAGAAGCACAUGCCUCUUCUCUUGAUUAACCUUCAGAGCGACUUCCAGAGCGACUUCCAGAGCGACUUCCAGAGCGACUUCCAGAGCGACCACGAGAGCGACUACGAGAGCACUCCAUCCAAGCCGCCACGCAGUGGGGGCCACGACAACACCGAGUCCUGCUCUGGCCCGCUCCAGCGAUCUUUGGGUGGGUUCUGGUCUUUGAGCCCUGCUGAAUCUCAGGCGCGAUAUGAACGGCAAAUUGCACAGGCAAGAGCCGAAUAUGCCCAGAAGCGAAAGGCAGCUGAAAAGCAGCCUGAGAAGAAACUUCAAGGCACGAAUGAACUCAGCGAAGUUCCUGUUAACGAAGUUCCUGUCAAUAAAAUUGCUCUCAACAAAAUUCCUGUCGAAGCACCUGUUGACAAAUCACCCACGAGUGCCGAAAAUUUUCCCACCCAUUUGAAUGACCUAAGCAACUUCGCAAGAGAUAUCAUCGAGGAUCACAAGCUUCGCGCGAGCCAAAGAGAUUCAAAUUAUCAAGUUGUCUUGAAUGAUACCUUUGCUGAACACUUCGGCUUUGAUCGAUUCCUUAAGAAGUGUCAGGAUACGUUUAACGCGAAACGCAACCAAGCACCGCAGGAAUGCACUGGCCAAGAGGUUUCGAAUGAAGUCCGCGCCGAAUAUCUUGAGUGUAAUGACUGGAUGGACGAAUCUCUAAACCUCGAUACGAACUGUCGCGACGAUCCAAACGACAAAAACCACAGCUUGUGA